AUAACAGCAUCGAUCCUUCAACAUUUGCCGCAGCACCAGCUCCCCGCGUCUUCCUGCUCUAGCCUACAAAUAGAUACGAUGCAUCGUCAUGCAAUCAAACUCAUUGAAUGAUUUAUGUGUUCUCUGUAUUUUAAUGAAGCUUUGGUAAAAAAUAGGCAAUGGUCGCUGAAUGGUCAUCGACGGCAUUUGGAAGCCGUCCCAUGAGAACCGUCGGCUUCGACUCCUCUUGCUGCUUCAGUCUCCGACGUCAGUCGCGUUACGUCACCACGUAUCCUGCAGAAGCAAACGAUAUCUCGACUGAUGGAGGCCUGCAGACGAGGAGGAACAUAAUGUUUUCUUCGGGGAUGUCAACUUGCCCGAAAGGUUCUGGGAUGGUCUGGCAAUCGUUCCAUGCACUGCCAAUGAAGUGACACGAUGUUUUCAGCCACCAACUCCACUUUAUGAGGAAGGGGCUCUGCGUAGCCAAGCGAGGGAAUAACGGAACACAGCACACAGCUGACGGUGGGACCCGAGCUCAGCGCCGAUGGUAAACAAACGCUCGCAUGUGUUGUCGGGACUGCUGCUGCAGAGACCUGGAGAAAAAGCCUCAGCUUCGGGGAAGUAGGAUGCGAAAUGGAGAACUGAAGGCAGGUGGACGCGAGAUGAAAAACAGCACACCAAUGCUCACAAUUCAUCCGCUUGAGAAAGGAAGGAUCGCUGGUCAGAAGCAUUUGAUCAUCAUCGGGGCGAUGUUUUACUGUAGUUUGAUGACGUUGCAUCAGUGUGUUGUUGUUUCGAGUGAGUGACGUUUCUAGGAUUGGUUUGUGUUUUUUUGAGACCCCGGUGCUUGUGUGGUCUUCGCUCAUCUUGUGAAGAUGUCCUUCGUGAUGGAGGAUAAUUUGGAGUCUGGGUGGGUGGCCGUUCGGCCCAAUGUGUUUGAGGAAAAGGAAAAACACAAAUUUGUUUUCAUCGUCGCGUGGAAUGAGGUGGAGGGUAAAUUCGCCAUCACAUGUCACAACAGGACGGCGCAGAGGAGAAGCUUCGGCAGGGACUCCUUCGUGGACCUCACGGGCCAGGAGGAGAAAACAAAAUGGCCCAAAAGUCCAGUUAAAGAUAAAGCUGCCAGAAGCCCUGGCAAAGGAGCGAUGGUACCCGCGGUUAAAAGCCUCCAAACUAAAUCUCCAUCAAAUUCGAGCCCGUGCAAAACCCCUCAUGCGAUCAAAGCGGUUAUGUCCCCAAUUAGUCCGGACAGUGAUGUGUUGGAAGCGCUUAAAGAAGACUCCCUCUCCCCCCUCGUUGAGCAUUUAGAUCUGGAAGUUUUUGACAGUUUGAGCAAAGAAGACUGUAGCUGGGCCGGCCUAUUUUCCUUCCAAGAUCUGCGUACCAUUCACAUACAGUUGUGCUCCGUGAACUCUGAUCUUGAGCCCUGCCUCCCCAUCUUCCCGGAGGAGCCAGCGGGGAUGUGGGCCGUUCUGUUUGGCACGUCUGAGGUCCCCGAGGUGGAGAUGGAUGAACUGUGUUACCGACUACACAUGUACCUGGGACAUGCCCUCGACACAUGCGGGUGGAAAAUAUUGUCCCAGGUCUUGUUUACGGAAAACGACGACCCAGACGAGUACUACGAGAGCUUGAGUGAACUGAGGCAAUCCGGCUACGAGGAAGCGGUUAACCGUACAAGAAAACACCUAAAUGAGCUACUGGAGCAACACAGGAGCAUGGAGUGUAUGGUGGAGCUGUUGGCCGUCUACGAAGAGGAGGACCAGGCCUACGGAAACCUUCUGGAGGGCUGUACACAGCUGUACCAGUACCUGCUCCAGCCCUUCAGGGACAUGAGGGAGCUGGCAAUGCUGCGCAGACAACAGAUCAAGAUUUCCAUGGAGAAUGAUUACCUUGGCCCACGGCGGGUCGAAGCUCUUAAAAAGGAGGAUUCCGAUUGGCAGAAAAAGGCUCAGGAGGCGGUACUUAACAUCCAGGAGUUCACAGUGAAAUACUUUGAGAUCACGGCCAGAGCUCAGAAGGGUGUCUAUGAGCGAAUGAGGACAGACCAGCGUAAGUUUGGGAAGGCCGCCUGGGCCGCGGCAGUGGAGCGCAUGGAGAGGGUCCGCUACUCGGUCGCCAAGGAGACGCUCCAGCUCCAGAGAGCCAGGGAGAUCUGUCUGGAGCAGAGGAAACACACGCUCAGGGAGGAGAUGCAGAGGCUGAGGAGCGGGGAGGACGCCCUGGCGCGCCUGGACCGCAUGGAGGGCCAGUACUACGGCCUGCAGCUGCGGCUCUACGACAUCCAGGCCGAGAUCCUCCAGUGUGAGGAGCUGCUGCUCACCGCCCAGCUGGACAGCGUCCGCAGACAGAUGACCGGUGGGGGUGUGUGGGUGUGCCCUCGCGUGGGUCUGAAUCUGGAGCGGCAGGACGAGGUGGUGUACUACGACACCUUUGAGUGUCCCGAGGCCAUCGGGGAGGUGGACCCGGCGGGCCGGGAGGAGCUGAGGAGGCUGCAGACCACCGCACGGCAGCUGGAGGCCCGGAGGGGCCGCAUCAGCACCAAGCGCUCCUACCUCAAGAACAAGAGGGAGAUCUGUGUUUCCAGCCACAGUGAGAAGCAGAGGAAACGCCAAGCCAGCCAGAAGGACUCACCAUCCAAACAGCUCUCUCAGACGGAUGAUGAGGAGGAGGACGAGGAGAGAAGAAGCAGCCGAGUCAGUCAGGAAAGACAGACCACCCUAGACAGACUACGCACUUUCAAACAGCGGCACCCCGGUCAGGUGAUCCUGAAGUCCAUCCGGCUGCGUGGCGCCGCCCACUCCCGCCGGAGAGAGCGAGGCGGGGCGAGGGAGAAGACGACGAAGGACCACCAGUGUCUCAGCACCAGCGUCCAGACGGACCCCACCCCGGGCGCCGCCCUCACCACCCAGCCCCACGCCUCCUCCUUCCCCUCCUCCUCCUCCUCAGCUCCCCCCCCUCCCCUGGACGUCCCCCGGCCCCUGGACCUCUCCUGCUCCCCCUGCUCCCUUCUGUCCUCCCCCACCUCCCCUGCUCCCCCUCCACCCCCACCCCCCCCCCCCCCACCGCCGCCUUUGCUCCAACCCAGGGACGAGCAGCCGACCCCCGGCCCGGGGGCCGGUGAGCAGGACCGGGCGGCGGGGGUCCCGGAGCGCUGCGCGUCCCCACUGGGGCCCUUCGUCCCCCGCUUCUUUGACAGCAGCCAGCUGGUGAGCGCCAGGCAGAGGCUGAGGAAGACCCCGGAGCUGGACCCCGACAGCAGGCCAGUGAGCUCCCCCAUGGACGAGGUGCUAGCGUCGCUCAAGAGGGGCUGCUUCCACCUGAGGCGGGCCGACCAGCGCGCCCUGCCCCCCCCCUCAGGACGGCGCGAUGGCGCCGACGACGACGCCAACAGCAUCCUGGCCCAGAUCCGCAAGGGGGUGAAGCUGCGGCGCGUGCCCCGCCGGGAGAGGCGGGCGGACGGGGAGCUGCCGCCGUCCACCGACCCGCUGACCCGGAGCAUCCACGAGGCGCUGCGCCGCAUCAAGGAGGCCUCGCCCGACUCCGAGUCCGACGACGACGACGACGGCGGGGGGUUCCCCUGCCCCGACUGGGAGAGCUAAGUCGGCCAGUGGCGGCGGGCGGCAGCCUUUAUUCCAAAAAAGAUGGCAGGCCCGGUAACGCUAAUGCUAACGGCGGCGCGGCACACCGCGACACACAGGGGCAGAGUACGGUUAUUAACCGGUUAUUAACGGUUAUUAAGGUACUUCCUUCUGGCAUACACACCCACGCACAAGCAGGGCAGACCAGAGCCAAGGGUCGUUUGUUGACAACUGUUGACCAGGACUUGAGUUCUACUGUCUUGCUUAUCAAGAUAAGACACACACACACACACACACACACACACACACACACACACAUGCACACACAUACACACACGUCGGGCUGCCCGGCCCGGGGUCUGUGGUUCACUACUGGCACAACCAUCGUGAGGGUGACGGAGGUUUGUGAUCCGUUCCACUAGUUUACUGUCACCUCUGAUUGAUGUAUUUAAUCAGAACCGUACUGUACCAUGAUAAUUCAGAGUUAACGUCAUUUCAGCUGCGCCCACAGAGAACUAGGCCGGCUGUUGCCCAUUCCACACUAACCUACUGACAGUGGCAGUAAUCGAUGUUAUUGUGAGUGGCGUGAUGUUGAAACACUUCCUUUUCUUUUCACUUUUACUUUCUCUAUAACGGCGAUGAGUACAUCGCCCGGGUAAAUAUUGAACGUUCAAGCUAAAGAUUAUAGCAAGGUACAGUCUGGCCAACGCAUGCUCUGGUCCCCUUCGAUCUCGUUAGCAUAUUACACAGAUACUGAAGAGGCUGUGUGGCGCAAACCCUUAUGAUUAUUACCAAUUACAACCUAUGCAUUGUUCAGCGUUCGCCAUCUGUUUCUGUCCUUUACAGACAAGUGGUGUUGAGAACCAUUCUGAGUUGUAUGCUGAUUAACUCAACUUUUAUUACCUACACCUGCUUUACAGUUGGCUUCAGCGAAAAAGAUCAGGUCCCACCGAGAUUUGAACUCGGAUCGCAGGAUUCAGAGUCCUGAGUGCUAACCAUUACACCAUGGAACCCUGAUGGUGUCACUGUCUGUCCUUUACACACCAGAGGUGUUCAGAACCAAUCAGAGUUAUAUGCUAAACAACUAAACUUUUAUUACCUACUCCUUGCUUUACACCAAAGUUCUCUCUAGCCAGGCUUAAGCGGAAAAGGUCAGGUCCCACCGAGACUUGAACUCGGAUCGCAGGAUUCAGAGUCCUGAGUGCUAACCAUUACACCAUGGAACCCCCAUGUCAACUCCCUGAAACAAACGCAGACUCAACGGGAGUAUUUAUAGCUGGCCCGGCUCCUGUUGCUGACCCUCUCUGAGCCCCUCGGCUGCUCUGUAUCCUGUCACCCAUGUCGUCACUGUAGUGCACGAGGGGAGACAGAGAGAGAAAGCCAUGACCCCCUGCUUGUAUAAUCUCACACCAGGUCAGACGUGGUCCUCCCCUCUCUCUAUAACUCACUCACGAGCACGCCAUCUGUGUACUGGGAACUGGCAAACGCUGAUGAGUGUGGGCAGACUUAGUUUGACUAUGGCCCCAACGUAUGAUGCAGUCAUUUAGAAGGACGGAGGUGGUGUGCCGGUAUGUGACGGUUGACAUGCUCAUCCCUGACGAGCCGCACACGUGUGUGGUGUGGGCGAUGGAGACAGAGGCUACAGAUCUACGGUGAUUCCCAUGCCUGCUUCAUCCCAUGCGCUCUCUUUCCCUCUCUCUCUCUCUCCUCUCCCUCCCGCCUCUGCGCAGUAGGAGUUGUGUUACUCAUAGUUCACGGGGUAAUGCUUACUCACAGACGCUUGUAGACCCCCCCUCUCACACACACACACACACACACACACACGCUCACACACACACACAUACACACAAGCACACACACGCACGCACACACACACGCAAACACACACACAAACACUUUCCAUCUUAACUCAUGAGUGAGUCGCACACUUUCAUGACACAUACCACAACCUGAGAUCCGUAUAAUAUUUGUAUUUUUUCUGUCAAUCUCUCGGUCAAGUGCAGUCGCUACGAGGAAAAGGAAGAACUACUAGACUGGCUUCACAAACCGUGCAUGGGCACUGAACGACAUUUACAAUGGAGUCUUAUAGAUCACGCAGACACUGGACACUGCGAACGACAAAGCGAUGAGGGGGACGUUAAGCAGAAAAAGGCUUCAUACCAUCAUGCACACAAUCUCUGCAUGUCCUGAGAUGAAAAUUGGUGUAUUAAUAUUACACAGUAUACACACCCACACAAACACAUACACACACAAACACACACAGACAGAAACUGAUGCACACAGACGCACGCAAUAGCUUGAUUAUGUUCUUUGGAUGGAAGAUAGUGAAGCAGACACUGUGGCAAAAAAUAACGCUGAGCUAUGGGCUGAAAAGCUUGUUUUGGUUGUGUUUCUCAUGUACGGGAGUUCUCCUUUAGCACUUGUAACACUCAGCACAAAGUCAAACAACAACUCCCUGAAGAUUAAGCACAGGAAGAAGAAACACACACUGUCAACUUAGUUGGCAUGAUCAUACACUAUUGGACUGACCGCCCAGCUACGUGCUCACUCUUUCUUUGUUACAUUUACCAGUUAACAUAAUUAACAACAUGAACGCCCUCCCCCCUAACUACUUAACCCAGUGUAGCAAUGCUUGUUUGCACUAAGACCUGAAACCUGAUUGUUCGUAUUCUGUUGGGUUUUUGUAUUUGUAUUCUUGCUUUGUUAUGUUUUGGCAUUCAAGCGCUUGACUUUGUAAUCUAUAUUUCCAAAUAUUUCCCUCCCAAAAGGUUUUGUGAUGCAUUUUCCUGCAAACCUUUCAUUUGCUGCAUUGACCCUGGAGUACAUGACCCUCGGCCCGAAUAAAUCAGUCCCAAGAAAAGUGCAAUGUAUCACGAAAAGAAAUGCUUAAAAAACAUAAAGGUUGAAUUAUUGAGCUUUAUUCCCUUAAAAUAGGGAGCCAUUGAGAAUUUGUUUUCAUUCCCGUUUGAUUACUGUUCACACAGUAAAGACACACUAUUUCAAGAGUACUAUUUUGCUUCUAUUCCUGUGUUCAUUUUCAUUUAUUCAAAUCCUUUUUUGAACUAUUACCUUGCGGUUUAAUAAAACAUUGUGAUCCAAA